AUGAACCGGGGCGCAAAAUUGCAAGCACGCAGCAAGUGCGCGCGGCGGUUGCGUGCGGCAGCGCAGCAAUCGCAAAACACGCGGCCGUGCACAAAAUUGCAAGCACGCAGCAGUGCGGAAAUGCAAGCAUGCAGCAAGCGCAUGUGGAGGUUGCGUGCAGUGGCGCAGCAAAUGCGCGCGGUGGUUGCAGCAGUCGCAAAACAUGCGACUGCACAAAAUUGCAAACAUGCAGCAGUGCGGAAAAUGCAAGCACGCAGCAAGUGCAUGUGGUCGGUGCGUGCGGCGGCGCAGCAAUUUCAAGCAUGCAGCGAAUUGCGUGCGGCAGCGCAGCAAUCGCAAAACGCGGCAGUGCACAAAUUUGCAAGCACGCAGCAGUGCGGAAAAUGCAAGCAUGCAGCAAAUGCAUGCGGCGGCGGAGCAGCAAUAGGAAAGCUUGCAGAGAAUGGGGCUCCGGGCGCGGCCAGCUGCGCAAAAGGACUACGACUCCCGCCAUGCACCGCGCCGGGCGGGGGAGGCGGGCCGGGCGGCGUCCCUAGCAACGGGAGAGGCAGCGGGCUCGAAUGGGCAGAGCAGGCGGGCCGGACCUGGCCUGGCCCGGGAGGAAGCGCCGCGAUGGGUCAGGAUUACUACGCCGUCCUGGAUCUCACCCGCAGCGCCAAGGAUGCGGACAUCAAGAAGGCGUGAGACCCGGGAGGGGUUGCGGGACACGGGUCCCUGCACGUGUGUGUGUGUGUUUGGGGUACAUGCGGGAUCCACGCGGGGGCGUUUGCGUGCACGUGUUUCCCUAUCUAUGCGCGCGAUGCACUUCUUAUUAUUGCCAGUGCGUUUUUGCCUUAAAAAAUGUUUGGGGUACCUGACAUUGCGCACCGCUUUUCCAGGGGAUGUUUGGCCCCAGAUUCCUGCCAGCCCCCUCUCCUUGCCUCUCCUCCCAGCUCUGGAAACAGAUCCGCUUGAGAUCAGUGGGCUGGAUCCUUACCUUCCCCUGUCCACCACAGGCCACGCACCUUGUCAAUCACCAUGACAUCAGGGUACCCAUUUCAUUGUUGUUGUUUAGUCGUUUAGUCGUGUCCGACUCUUCGUGACCCCUGGACCAGAGCACGCCAGGCACUCCUGUCUUCCACUGCCUCCCGCAGUUUGGUCAAACUCAUGCUGGUAGUUUCGAGAACACUGUCCAACCACCUCGUCCUCUGUCAUCCCCUUCUCCUUGUGCCCUCCAUCUUUCCCAACAUCAGGGUCUUUUCCAGGGAGUCUUCUCUUCUCAUGAGGUGGCCAAAGUAUUGGAGCCUCAGCUUCAGGAUCUGUCCUUCCAGUGAGCACUCAGGGCUGAUUUCCUUCAGAAUGGAUCGGUUUGAUCUUGUUGCAGUCCAUGGGACUCUCAAGAGUCUCCUCCAGCACCAUAAUUCAGAAGCAUCCAUUCUUCAGCGAUCAGCCUUCUUUAUGGUCCAGCUCUCACUUCCAUACAUCACUACUGGGAAAACCAUGGCUUUAACUAUACGGACCAUUUCAUAGCAUCAUAGAAUUUCCCCCCAUGCAGACCACAAACUGAUUGCCAGGACUUGCUAUGCGCUGCGCAUGGGAAACUCCUUUUGCCCCAGCAAAAACGGAUGUUUUGGGUCUAUUGGGUCUUUGCAGGAAGGCAUUUUCUGAUGCUGAUAAGAUGCUGGAGGUGCAAUGAUGGAGAUGUCUCAUUGAGGCAUGAUACAGGCAUUUUGUAGCGUUGCCAUAUUUCAAAAAGUAAAAACCAGGACACCCCAAAAGUUGUUGAGCUUUUCUUUUGUUUGCUUGUUUUAUUUUGUUGAGCUUUUCUUAGGAAAAGCUAAAAGUUGUUGAGCGAUUCUGCCUUUGAAAACCUGGACAUAUGGCAGCCCUAAUUUUCAGUGAUAUACAGUAAUCUUAGGGACAUGGAUGGUGCUUUGGGUUAAACCACAGAGCCUAGGAGUUGCCGAUCAGAAGGUCGGCGGUUUGAAUCCCCACGACGGGGUGAGCUCCUGUUGCUCAGUCCCUGCUCCUGCCAACCUAGCAGUUCGAAAGCACGUCAAAGUGCAAGUAGAUAAAUAGGUACCGCUCCGGCGGGAAGGUAAACGGCGUUCCGUGUGCUGCGCUGGCUCGCCAGAAGCGGCUUAGUCAUACUGGCCACAUGACCCGGAAGCUGUACGCCGGCUCCCUCAGCCUAUAGAGCGAGAUGAGCACUGCAACCCCAGAGUCGUCCGCGACUGGACCUAACUGUCAGGAGUCCCUUUACCUUUACAGUACAGUGGUACCUCGGGUUACAUACGCUUUAGGUUACAGACUCCGCAACCCAGAAAUAGUACCUCGGGUUAAGAACUUUGCUUCAGGAUGAGAACAGAAAUCGGGCUCUGGCGGCGCGGCAGCAGCAGGAGGCCCCAUUAGCUAAAGUGGUGCUUCAGGUUAAGAACAGUUUCAGGUUCAGUACAGACCUCCGGAACGAAUUAAGUACUUAACCCGAGGUACCACUGUAAUCUUCUUAUUAUUAUUAAUUAAAUUUGCAUAACACCAGUGCUUCCUUUCUUAAAAAAUGUUUAGAGGUCAUUCUCAAGAAAAGCACAAUUUUAUAGUUCAACUUGGGAAAAAUAAAUGCAGUAAGUGGACAAAAGUACAAAGAUUCACAAAAUAUUUAGGGGUAUGCAUCCCCCCCCAAAAAACAGUGAUUAUUACACUUCUUGCCACUCCCCUCCCCUUUCCUUGGAGGGUGCUGCGUGGCCAAGUGGGGAUUUUAACCUGGGUGCAGCCAGGGCGGACUUUGGUAGCAGCCCAGCCCAGGAAAGGCCGGCAUUUGAUGCCCCUCCCAAUGGAUCUUCUCAAUUAGGGAUCUCCUCCGUUUUGUGCCUACUCAAACCGAUCCAUUCUGAAGGAAACCAGCCCUGAGUGCUCACUGGAAGGACCGAUCCUGAAGCUGAGGCUCCAAUACUUUGGCCACCUCAUGAGAAGAGAAGACUCCCUGGAAAAGACCCUGAUGCUGGGAAAGAUGGAGUGCACAAGGAGAAGGGGACGACAGAGGACGAGAUGGCUGGACAGUGUUCUUGAAGCUACCAGCAUGAGUUUGACCAAACUGCGGGAGGCAGUGGAAGACAGGAGGGCCUGGCGUGCUCUGGUCCAAGGGGUCACAAAGAGUCGGGCACGACUAAACAACUAAACAACAACAACAGCAACAGCAAAAACUCAGCACCCUGCACAGGGGAAGCACCCCAAAAUCCAGCCCUGCUGGGUCUGUCUCUCUUUCUCUUUUUAAUACCUUUAUUGUCAAUAUACAACCUGUGUACAAUGAAAUUAACUGAGCCUCCCCACCAAAACACUCAGUCUCAUUGCACUCUGUGUGCUUGUCGCACAACACACCAACCCUGAAAGUCAGUUGCACUAUAUUAUUUUCCAUUCAGCAGCCUAAUAGCCCACGGAUAGAAGCUGUUUUUUAGCCUGUUGGUACAACUGAUUAUACGGUUAAACCACAGAGCCUAGGACUUGACGGGGUGAGCUCCCAUUGCUCGGUCCCUGCUCCUGCCAACCUAGCAGUUCGAAAGCACGUCAAAGUGCAAGUAGAUAAAUAGGUACCGCUCUGGUUCCCACCAGGCUCCCAAGGCUUGCGGAUAUCUGCCUGAAGCCUGGGGUGCGCUGCACUGUGCUCCCCGGGCUUCGGGCUGCAGGCUGCUAUCCGCAAGCCUUGGGAGCCCGGCGGGAGUUCGCUCUCCAGGCUUCAGCGAAAGCCUGUAUUCGCCCCAUAGGACGCACACACAUUUCCCCUUCAUUUUUGGAGGGGGAAAAGUGUGUCCUAUAGAGCGAAAAAUACGGUAUAUAUUUAGGGGAGCAUGCGAGACAGAGAGAGAGAGACUCCAGGUAGGGAUCUCCAGAUAAGCCUGGUAAUAUCCCACACCUGAAACCCUGGAGAGAUGCUUGCUGUCUGUGCCAGGCAUGGCCAAACUCUGCCCUCCAGAUGUUUUGGGACUACAACUCCCAUCACCCCUAGCUAACAGGACCAGUGAUCAGGGAUGAUGGGAACUGUAGUCCCAAAACACCUGGAGGGCCACGUUUGGCCAUGCCUGGCACUGUAGACAGUACUCAGCUCAGUGGGCCAGCAGUCUCAGUUGGUACAAGACCGCUUCCCCUGGUUCAGUGACCACAGCAGUCGCUCUGUGUUUGGUUUUUUUUGCAGCUAUCGGAAGCUGGCCUUGAAGUACCACCCCUAUAAGAACAAGGAGCCGUGGGCCAGAGAGAAGUUUAAGCAGCUUGCGGAAGCCUACGAUGUCCUGAGCGAUCGUGAGUAGGAGGGGAUUCGCUUCAUCUGUGUGUGCUGUGCUCUUUGGAAAGGCUUGCCUUAGUAUUUAAUGACACAUCUCUUUGGCUGUCGUUUAUUUUAUCAGAAAGCUUUUUAAUGUCUGGUGCUUUGUUGUGUCCUUUUAUAUUCUGUUGGAAGCUGCCCAGAGGGGAUGGGGAAAACCCAGUCAGAUGGGUGAGGUGCAAGGACAGUGGUACCUCGUUUACGAACUUAAUCCAUUCUGGAAGUCCGUUCUUAAACCAAAACCGUUCUUAAACUGAGCCGCGCUUUCCCUAAUGAGGCCUCCCGCCGCUGGUGCCCUUCCACCGUUCGGUUUCUGUUCGUAAACAGAGGUAAAGUUCGCAAACCAAGACACUACUUCCGGUUUUGCAGAGUUCGUAAACCGAAUAGUUCGUAAGCAGGGCUGUUCUUAAACUGAGGUACCACUGUAUUGCUUUAGUGUUAGUAUUAGUUCACUGUAGAUGGUGACAGCAGUCAUGAAAUUAAAAAACGCCUGCUUCUUGGGAGAAAAGCAAUGACAAACCUAGACAGCAUCUUAAAAAGCAGAGACAUCACCUUGCUAACAAAGGUCCGUAUAGUGAAAGCUAUGGCUUUCCCAGUAGUGAUGUAUGGAAGUGAGAGCUGGACCAUAAAGAAGGCUGAUCGCCGAAGAAUGGAUACUUUUGAAUUAUGGUGCUGGAGGAGACUCUUGAGAGUCCCAUGGACUGCAAAAAGAUCAAACUGAUCCAUUCUGAAGGAAAUCAGCCCUGAGUGCUCACUGGAAGGACAGAUCCUGAAGCUGAGGCUCCAAUACUUUGGCCACCUCAUGAGAAGAGAAGACUCCCUGGAGUUGGGAAAGAUGGAGGGCACAAGGAGAAGGGGAGGACAGGGGACGAGAUGGUUGGACAGUGUUCUCGAAGCUACCAGCAUGAGUUUGACCAAACUGCGGGAGGCAGUGGAAGACAGGAGUGCCUGGUGUGCUCUGGUCCAUGGGGGUCACGAAGAGUCGGACACGACUAAACAACUAAACAACAACAACAACAAAAUUAGUAUUAGUAUUAGUACCCUGCCCAUCUGACCAUAGCUGUCAACUUUUCCCUUUUCUUGCGAGGAAUCCUAUUCAGAAUAAGGGAAUUUCCCUUUAAAAAAGGGAAACGUUGACAGCUAUGCAUCUGACUGGGUUGCCCCAGCCACUCUGGGCAGCUUCCAAAAUUUAUUUAAAUAAUAAUAAAACAUUACAAUUUGGAAAAUGAAACAAAUUAAGUCCAGAGGCCUUUCUCCAGGUGCCCCCACCAGGUGAGUAUGAGGGGGACUCUGUGCUCUGGAGAAGCUCGCCUCUUACCUACUCGCCUCCCCCAGUGCUGGAAGAAAACUAAAUAAAAAUAAAAUUCUCCCUGGCUUUUAAAGUUUGGAAGCCUUUUAGGGUUUGGAUUUGGAAGGUUGACCUUGCAAAGAUAUGUUUGCCCUGCUUGGGAAUGUGCUGCUUCUCGUUAUCUGCUGCCUCGUUUUGCAUAGCGUUUUCAAUUCUUACGGUUUAUGUUGCAUUUUGACAACAAACAAUACCACACACACCCUGCCAAAACACACACACACAGACAGACAUUUCAAAGGCUGUAGAAUAUUAAUUGGCCAAUGGCUUGGUUGAAGAGGAACAUUUUUGCCUGGUGCCUAAAGCACUUAAUGCUUCGUCAACGCAGGAAGAGACACAUUUGCAUAGAUGCAAAUUUAGAAAUGAUAACUACAGUGUACAUAAUUGUUGGAGAUGCGGAGACCAAACAGGCUCACUGUACCAUAUAUGGUGGCAAUGUAGCAAAAUAGAGAAAUCUUGGGAGGAAAUCCACUUUGAACUAGAAAAAAUGUUAAGAAUCUCAUUUAUUAGGAAACCAGAGGCGUAUCUGUUGGGCAUUGCACACUCAGAUAUCCCUAAAAAAUUUAAAGAUCUUUUUUUGUAUGCAACAGUGGCAGCGAGAGUUCUUGUAGCUACAAGAUGGAAGAGCGACAUAAUUCCUUCUAGAUGAGAGUGGAUACAAAAAUGGACUGAAUAUGCUGAAUUAGAUAGUUUAUCUGAAAAAAUGAAAAAAUAAACCGAGAGUUGAAUUUGUAUCAGAAUGGGAGGCCUUCAGAACAUAUCUUAAACAAAAUUAUACCAUGUUAAAAUCUGUAGCAGCUUUUGCGUGAUCCCAGCAGUUUUUAUCAAUUGCUUAUAUAAAUAUAAACAUUUAUAAAUUGUGAAAAUAUUAACAUAAAAAUAGUAUUUUGAUAUGGUGGUAAAUUUAUGUAAAAGGAAUUAAGGAAUAAAUGGGAAGUAGGGUAGAAAAGAUAAUGAGAUUUUUUCACUUUUAUUGUAACAUGAAAUUGUAAUCACAAUUUUUUUGCCAUAAAUUUUAACUUAAUAACAGAUUGUGUAAAUUUCAUUUUCCUUUUCCCUCUCCUCUUAAGUUGUACCCCCUUUUCAGUAUUGUUCCACUUUUUUUUGUAUGUAAUAAGCAUGGAAAUAAAUAAAUAAGACAUCUCACCAUUGUGGGGAGGACUGUGACCAGGUGAGCUGUUUGCCUGCACAGUUUUCUGCCCAGCUGCAAAUUUUGAGGCCCCUUCUCCUUUUCCUUCUUGGGGUUCUUCACCUUUAAACUGGCUUGGACCUGGCAACCCUUUGACUAGAGGACUGCCCUCUGUAGAUCAGACCAUCAGGCAGUCGUCCACCUUCCGUGUCCCAUGCCAAAGAUAAUUUUCAGAGUUGGUUACAUUAUAGACAAUUACAUGAGUUGUACAAGGAAGAUAAUAAGAAAAGGUUUAGUUACACCACUUCAAGAUUUCAAAUGGAAGUGAGAGCUGGACCAUAAAGAAGGCUGAUGGCCGAAGAAUGGAUGCUUUUGAAUUAAAGUGCUGGAGGAGACUCUUGAGAGUCCCAUGGACUGCAAGAAGAUCAAACCGAUCCAUUCUGAAGGAAAUCAGCCCUGAGUGCUCACUGGAAGGACAGAUCCUGAAGCUGAGGCUCCAAUACUUUGGCCACCUCAUGAGAAGAGAAGACUCCUGGAAAAGACCCUGAUGUUGGGAAAGAUGGAGGGCACAAGGAGAAGGGGACGACAGAGGACGAGAUGGUGGGACAGUGUUCUCGAAGCUACCAGCAUGAGUCUGACCAAACUGCAGGAGGCAGUGGAAGACAGGAGUGCCUGGCGUGCUCUGGUCCAUGGGGUCACGAAGAGUCGGACACGACUAAACGACUAAACAACAACAAGAUUUCAAAAGGAAGUCACAGAAGAAGAAGUGAAGCUGCUGAAGAGAGCAUAUAGCAUCUUGCUAGAAUGGGAAACAAAAGAUGAGGAGGUAAAAUCGGUCAUGAUCAAAUGGGCACAAGAUAUAGGACAUAAUAUACAAUUUGAGGACUGGGAAAAACUGGAAAACAGAUUUAAAAUGUACAGACUGUUCCCUUCUGAAAGAAAACUAUAUGAAAAUGAUGUAUAGAUGGUAUAUAACACCAGUACAGAUAGCAAAAAUGUAUAAAACUGGCUCUAAUAUUUGUUGGAAAUGUAAAGAGAAAGAAGGGUCUUUUUAUCAUAUGUGGUGGGAAUGUAAAGAAUUUUUUUAAAAAAGGGAAAUGAUAUAUAAUGAAUAGAAGAAAAUGUUUAAAAUGACAUUUGCAAAAAAACCAGAAGCAUUUUUGUUAGGGAUUGUAGGACAAGGAAAAUAAGGAACUUAUUUAUGUAUGCUACAACAGCAGGAAGAGUCUUGAUAGCACAAGGAUGGAAGAAUGAGGAAACCCCGACAAAAGAACUGUGGCAAGAGGAAUUGAUGAACUACGCAGAACUGGCCAAAUUAACAUACAGAUUGCGAGACAAGGACUUUUGUGACUUCAGGGAAGAAUGGGAACUUUUUACAAAUUAUUUAAAAAGACAGCAAAAUGAACUGGACUCCUUGGCAGGUUUUGAAUAAACAUACACAAAUUUAUUGUUGAUAACAUGAAGGAUAUAUAUAACAUGCAAGGAUAUAUAUAAUUUUAUAAUAUGCAGAGAAAAUAUGUGUAAGCGAAAUCAGGGAGAGGAGCUGAGGGAAGUCCUUGGGGGGGGGGAAGGUGGGAUCAUGUAUGGUUUGAUAAUUUGUUAUGUGGAAAUUGAGCAAUAAAAAUAUUUUUUUAAAAACCCUCCCCUCCCCACCUGUUGUCUCCUUCUUCCUUAGCACUGAAGAAGGGCAUUUACGACAAAUUUGCCGAGGAAGGCCUCAAAGGAGGGAUCCCCUUGGAGUUUACGGUGGACACCCCCUGGACAGAAGGCUAUGUGUUCCACGGAAACCCCGAGAAGGUCUUCCGGGACUUCUUUGGAGGAGACAACCCCUUUGCCGGUAGGCCCAAGCGCCGCGUUUUGUCAAGAUACUCCGCUCAUCUCAGAUCUCCCCUUUUUUCGGGCAUUUUCCAGAUCAGAGCCCUUUCCACGGGGUGAGGUUAUCAAAAGCCAGGCGGCAACUCCCUUACUCUCCUUACAGGGGAGUAAGGGAGCAGGUUAAGAGCCCUAGUGCUGUUAGUGAUGUGUUAAGAAAUUAGUUAGUGAUGUGUAAAGAAAUAAUAAUCACUACACGCCUGUUCCCCGAUAUUGACUUUUUUCUUGCUUAGAGUUCUACACUGCAGAAGGGGCUGAAGUCAACAUGGCAUUUGGGGGGCUGCGAGGGAAGGGAGUGAAAAAGAAGGACCCUCCGAUCGAGAGAGAUCUCUACCUUUCGCUGGAGGACUUGUUCUACGGAUGCACCAAAAAAAUCAAGAUUUCUCGCAGGGUAAGGAAAGGAACUCCUUAGGUGCUUCUUUCCUUAACAUCUGAUGGGAGGGUGUUCCACAGGGCGGGUGCCACUACCGAGAAGGCCCUCUGCCUGGUUCCCUGUAACCUCACUUCUUGCAGGGAGGGAACCGCCAGAAGGCCCUCGGCGCUGGACCUCAGUGUCCGGGCUGAACGAUGGGGGGUGGAGACGCUCCUUCAGGUCUACUGGGCCUUUGUGGCGGUUUAGGGCUUUCAAAGUCAGCACCAACACUUUGAAUUGUGCUUGGAAACGUACUGGGAGCCAAUGUAGGUCUUUCAGGACUGGUGUUACAGUGGUACCUCGGGUUACAUACGCUUCAGGUUACAGACUCCGCUAACCCAGAAAUAGUGCUUCAGGUUAAGAACUUUGCUUCAGGAUGAGAACAGAAAUCGUGCUCCAGCAGUGCGGCAGCAGCAGGAGGCCCCAUUAGCUAAAGUGGUGCUUCAGGUUAAGAACAGUUUCAGGUUAAGAACGGAUCUCCAGAACAAAUUAAGUACUUAAUCCGAGGUACCACUGUAUAUGGUCUCGGCGGCCACUCACCCAGGGACUUCCACGACUCCUCUCUAAACCCUUCAGGUCAUGAAUGACGACGGCCACGCUUCCACCAUCAAAGACAAGAUCUUGACCAUCGAUGUGCGCCCAGGGUGGAAACAAGGAACCAGGAUCACCUUUCAAGAGGAGGGAGACCAGGUAAUGCCACCUUGGGAGUGAGGGAGGAGAGAGAGGCUGCUUAAAUCUUGGAGAGCCCCUGCCCACGAUUGCAUCUCAAUAUUUGCUGUUACGAGGAGAAUGAUUCCGACUCAAGGGUUACCUCACCCGGCCCUGUGCUAAAGUUAGUCCCCACGAAACUGGAGAGGUACCGUAUUUUUCGCUCCAUAAGAUACACUUUUUUCUUCCUAAAAAGUAAGGGGAAAUGUCUGUGCAUCUUCUGGAGCGAAUGCGUGGUCCCUGGAGCCGAAUUGCCCAGGGGAGAAAAGCAGAUGAUGCUUUCUUUUUUUGAAAGAGGGAAGGGGGUGUUGAAACAAAGCUGCUGAUUGUUUGCUGAUCGGGGAGAGAGAUAAGGGAGGCUAGCAAUAAAGGAGGCUGCCUGGGAGGGGGGAGGUAAAGACAGUGAACUUGCAAGGAGAGGAGACAGGAAGACUAAAGCAGUGAGGAGAGAAAUUAGAAGAAAAGGAGGAGCAAAAAACUACUCCAGCUAAGGAAAAGACACUAAGGCAAACAAGAGGGAAGGGAGUGUUGAAAGGAAACAGCUGAUCGGCAAGCGAUUGGGAGGGAGAUAAGGGACGCUAGAGAUAAAGGAGGCUGCCUGGGAGGGGGGAGGUAAAAGCCCAUGGAUCCUCAGGAUUUUUACAUUGGGUCACCCCAAAUUCACCAUCAGAUCACAUAACAUGUCCAUGGCUACAGCCUGCACCAAAAAAAAUCACACACCCACUGUUUCGUGGGGCGCAAAAACGUGGUUACAAAGCACGGAUCCACAUGGAUUCUCAGGAUUUUUGCAUUGGGCUACCCCAAACUCACCGUCAGAUCACAUGUCUGUGGCCAGAGCAUGAACCACAAAAAUCAUACAUCCACUGUUUCGUUCAGAAUAUUUUAUUUCUUGUUUUCCUCUUCUAAAAACUUCUCACAGGGCUUGCUUCCGGGCAGGGGCAGCGCUCCUGCCCCCAGCCUCAAUAGCUGUAGCAUGAGCAGUUUUUCUCCGGACUGCAGCCACGGGUUUUAUAACGUCAGGCUGAAAUCCAACCGGUAUAGCACUUGGUUGCUUUGGGGGUGGGGAGGUGGGACCGGGCUUGCCCCUGUGUGGGCACACUUCCCACCUUGCGGUGGGCAAAGGGGUCAGUGGGUCCUACUUUCUGCCCUCCCUGCAAAUGCCGGGGACAACCAUUGGGUCUGUACCCCACACGCCCUUUGGGCUUCUUCCUGCGUUUCGUUCCAGGGCCCAAACAUCAUCCCGGCAGACAUCAUCUUCAUCGUCAAGGAGAAGAUCCAUCCCAGGUUUAAAAGAGAAGACGAUAACCUGAUCUAUGUGGCCCCACUCCCUCUGGGGAAGGUAAGGAAGGCAUUCUGGGAGCAAACCAGCCCUCUUUUCCUCCCCAGGUUGACUAAUAAUGCCCCUUCCACUUACUAUAUGUUACUGGGGAGUCUAGCAGACUAACCCUCUUCUCAGGAUCCCUCCUGAGCUAACGGAAGACUGCCUAGCAGAGACUCGCAGAGAGGGGCAGCGGGCAGCCUCUUCUGAAGGCCGACACCUCGGCUCCAGCCUCGAUUUCCUUUCUUUCUCACCAGUGAGCUCUGGCAGCUUGAGAACGAAAUGUCUCACGGGGGAAUUUCAGUGCCGUAUUUGAAGAGCACAGAUAGAAUUGAAUUCCCGCAGCCUGCCUGCAUGGAGGGAAGCGCUAGGGGGGGCCAGAAGUGCGUGUCCCUUCCUGCCUUUGUUGACGUUGCCAAUCCUCUUCCAUCCGCAUGCUCAGUGUCACUGCAGAGCCCAUUCAUUCUUAGGAUUGUAGCCGCCACCCCUCCAAGGAGGCCUCCUGUCGCUUCUCUGUGUGAAGCCCCGUUCUGCUUCCAGAGGCAGGCCCAGCACUCACGCAGGGAGAGGGAGUAAGGACUCCUCCACAGAGCCAGCCGUCCUCAAAAUGCUGAACGUAAGCCGAGAGCCAAGCUUCUCUGUACGCAGGAGUCAAAGUGUGACUCCGCUACAAUACAAUAAUCUUUAUUGUCAUUGUCCCAUACAGAACAACGAAAUUGAAAAUAUCUACAUCAGACAUUUAAAAACCACCAAGCCUGCUACCCCAGCCUGGUUAGCCCCCUAAAAACUCUGAUACCCCAUAAUUAAAUACAAUAUACUCCCAUAGAGACUACCUUAAGUAAACCAUUAGGUCCAGUCGUGGCCGACUCUGGGGUUGCGGUGCUCAUCUCGCUUUAUUGGCUGAGGGAGCUGGCGUACAGCUUCUGGGUCAUGUGGCCAGCAUGACUAAGCUGCUUCUGGCGAACCAGAGCAGCGCACGGAAACACUGUUUACCUUCCCGCCAGAGUGGUACCUAUUGAUCUACUUGCACUUUGAUGUGCUUUCGAACUGCUAGGUUGGCAGGAGCUGGGACUGAGCAACUGGAGCUCACCCCAUCGCGGGGAUUCGAACCGCCAACCUUCUGAUCGGCAAGCCCUAGGCUCUGUGGUUUAACCUACAGCGCCACCCGCAGCCUUAAGACUACCUUACACUGUGUUUAAAACCAAAAUCGCAUUUGGAUAGAAACUUGUUUCUCAGGCGGCUAGUCCUUUAUAACCCUGGACCUUCUUCCAGAAGGCAGAAGCUGAAAGAGAUCAUUUCCGGGGUGCGCACUAUCCUGCGCUAUCUCUGCAGCUUUCUUAUGGCACCUGGCAGCAUAGAUUUGGUCCAAGGUGGGAAGAGUGCACCCAAUUAUUCUCCCCGCAGUCUUUACAACCCUGGACAGCAUUGUGUUUUCCCUGACCACACAUACAGGAGACUCCAAUUGUAAUUCAGAAAUUAAGCAUGCCUCAGCUGCCCAAAAUUUAGGCUCCCUUAACCUUGGUAUUCUGUGAACCAUCCUGAGAUCUUACGAUGAAAGGCAAUAUUUAGAUCUAAUAAAUAUUGCCUGCUCUCAGCCUCCAGCACUUUGCUUUGCAGGCUCUGACCGGGUGCACCGUGGAUGUGAGGACCCUUGACGAAAGGCUGCUCAACAUCCCUCUCAAUGACAUCGUACAGUAAGUGCCUGCAGCCCACAGUCCUUAUCCCAGGAAUCCUAAGAGUUGUAGAGCUGGAAUCCAGAAUGCGGCAGCUAGACUGGUGACUGGGAGCAACCGCGAAGACCACAUAACACCAGUCCUUAGAGACCUGCAUUAGUUCCCAGUACGUUUCCGAGCACAAUUCAAAGUGUUGGCGCUGACCUUGAAAGCCCUAAAACGGCCUUGUCCUUGUAUACCUGAAGGAGCGUCUUCACCCCCAUCGUUCAGCCCGGACACGGAGGUCCAGCGCUGAGGGCCUUCUGGUGGUUCCCUCCCUGCGAGAAGCCAAGUUACAGGGAACCAGGCAGAGGGCCUUCUCAGUGGUGGCACCCGCCCUGUGGAACGCCCUCCCACCAGAUGUCAAGGAAAUAAACAACUAUCUUACUUUUAAAAGACAUCUGAAGGCAGCCCUGUUUAGGGAAGCUUUUAAUGUUUGAUUCUAUUUUUAACAACAGCAACAACAAUUUAUUAUAUAUACCCCGCCCAUCUGGCUGGGCUUCCCCAGCCACUCUGGGCAGCUUCCAUCAAAAUAUUAAAAUACAGUAAUGCAUCAAACAUUAAAAGCUUCCCUAAACAGGGCUGCCUUCAGAUGUCUUCUAAAAGUCUGGUAUUCUGUUGGGAGCCGCCCAGAGUGGCAGGGGAAGCCCAGCCAGAUGUGUGGGGUAUAAAUAAUAAAUUAUUAUUAUUAUUAUUAUUAUUAAGCACCCAGUUCGAAUGCAGAAGGCCCUAGGUUCAAUCCCCUGUGGUGUCUCCCCUUUUCUAUCCCCCCCAGCCACUGAAUCUGACUAAGGCCUCUCUUUUCCCUUCAGCCCCAAGUACUUCAAGGUGGUGCCAGGAGAGGGGAUGCCCCUGGCCAGCGACCCCACCUGCAAGGGGGACCUCAUCAUGUACUUUGACAUCCUCUUCCCCCAAAGGCUCACCCCGGCCAAGAAGGAGAUGCUGAGACACGCCCUCCUCACCUGAGCAACGCCCCCCCCCGAAAGCCCAUCCCUUUGCUCCUUUCCUUGACCCCCUUUUCUUCAAAGAAAUAAAAGCUGACUAUUUUUGCCAG